AUGUAUCAAAGUCCUCUUGUAAGACAGAAAGUUCUCACUGAGAUUGAAGAAUGGAUCACUUAUGUUAAAGAAGUUGAAGAAGCACUAGCUAAGCUCAGUUUAAAGUCAGACAGUCUAGAUGAUCCAAAUUUUAAUGUAAUUACAUACAUUAAUGAGAGAUUUCCCAGUGAACAAUCACUGGCAAAUAUAGAUGAGGUAAUAUUAGAAGCAGAGAAGAAAAUUCGUGAAUUAGACAGUGAAACAAGAGACAUAUUACGUGACCGUUGGCAAACAGAGGAUAAGGGUCACGAAAUAGUUCAGGAGGCGAGAAAUAUGUUAAAAGUCCUAUUUUCAAGAAUACAGGAUGUCCAAGACCGAGCCACAAGAUCAGAGGAUAUGGUACAAGAGAUAACUAGAGAUAUACAACAGUUCGACCAAGCCAAACGUAACUUAACCGUUUCAAUAACUGCUCUAAAUAAUUUGAUACUUAUCGUCAACGCUAUCGACCGUCUCAACGAACUACUUGGUAUACAAAGCACAGUGAAUGAUUCAACACUUCCCGCAAAAAUUGGUGACGCUCAUAUCAAUUCUCAGAAUCCAUUUUCUGAAGUUGGUCCUGCUUUCAGGAAUGAAAACUGUUCACCUGAUCAAAUGAAAUCUCAGAAAAUUUCACCAUCUUUCUUAGCGGAAGUGUCUAAUUUACUGGCCCAAGUUCAACGUUUAUUGCAACCUAUGCUCACAGCCUAUGGUUCAGUUCCAUCUGUUGCGGGAUUAUCCAAAGAGCUGGACACUAUUCAUACAGUUCUAGCUGAUCGCUUGAUGAAGAAACUAAAGCUGUUACUUGCGGCAACUAAAACUGUUACGGACAACAAGGAAUUGAUUUUCUCUAUUUGCGAACUUGUUGAUCUCCUCCCUAAGAAUCUGCAUGUCAGUUCGAAUAUCUUGGACUGGUUCAUCUGCCAUCAUUUAACUGAAUACAAGGAGUUGUUUGAUCCAACUCAAACUGCUGCUUGGUUGGACAAGAUUGAUCAAAGAUAUAACUGGUUACGGACAAAUUUGGUCCCUUUGGAACGCUUAUUUACUUCAGUGUUUCCUCCUUCUUGGUUGGUGACUGAAAGAUUUGUUCUAGAGUUCUGCCAAAUUACACGGACUGGUUUGGAAACCGUGAUGAAGCGUCGUCAGUCGGAACUUACCCAUAAUUUAAUUGUCUUUGCAUUGCAACGCACUUUAUCUUUUGAAACCAGUUUAAACAAAACGUAUACAUCUGAUGCAAUUGAAGCUUUAAAAAGUAAAAUCGUAAAUUCUAAGAAUGUUGAACGUUCACUUAAUCCUUUUGAUGAUGACGAUGAUGAUGAUGGUGGUGUUGGUGAUAAUGACGAUGGUUCAGGCGAGGUGCAAUCCAAAGAGUCAAGAGAAGACAAAACCGACUUGCCGGUCACAGAUGAUUCUACUAAUUCUUGGAAAAUGCAAAUAUUUGAUGGAAUUAUUUCUAGCUGUUUUGACCAAUACUUUGAUCUGUAUUUGGUUCAUGUGGAUAAAGCAUUACGAGAGCAAAUGAUUAAUCGUUUAGUUGGUGAUUUCACUGUCAAUAAAUCAAGCUUAGAAAAUCAGGAUCUCGAAGAUGUUUUCAAAAAUGAUAAUCCUUUUGAUUGUGUACAAAAUAAACAGAAUUCUAAUGAUCCUGGUGCGAAUACUCUAUAUUCUGCUACUGAUCUCUUCCUAUUUUAUAAACAAAUAUUAAAACAAACACUGCAGUUAAAUCGUGGUCGUGGUCUGUUAGGUCUUGUUCGACUUUUACGACAAUAUCUAUCCGAAUACACUGUUCGUGUGCUUUUAGCUCAGAUUCCAGGUUUAGCGAUUAACAGCAACAAUGGAACUAGUACAGGUCUAUCUGCACCGGAUGUAGCAGCAAAAAUGGCUGCAUUUGGUUUAAGCAGUUUAUCAGCAUUGGGCCUUGGUCGUGGUCAAACAGGAAUCGGUGCUGCGCUGGAAAACAUUAAAACACAAAGCAAAAACACUUCUACACAAUCUGAGGUGAUUACUUCAUCAAGCAAUCAGGUGAUUUCUAAUUUACUUCGGGACGAUAUACAGGGAGUUCGACUGAAUAAAGACGAUGUGUACAGAGUAUGUGUUGUACUUGUUACUGCAGCAUUUUGUUUGAAGACUGUAGAAGAUUUGGAAAAACGCCUUAAAUAUGAGGUCAGACCGCCUAGUUGGGCGUCAAAAAUAUCAUUUACUUCUGAACUCGACGCUUUGGCUACAUGCAGGUCUGUUUGUGUUCACCGUUUAGUGGCAGACUUAGAGGCUGGAGUUGAACCGCAGUUGACAGCGAUGGCACGUUUGCCGUGGAACAGUUUUGUUCAAGUAGGAGAUCAAAGUGGAUAUGUAACAGCAAUUGUUAAUCAUCUGCGUACUCAAAUUCCUCUUAUACGAGAAACUUUGUAUACUGUCAGGCCAGCUUUUACGCAGAUAUGCAUAAAAUUUGCGGAUACACUAAUCACAAGGUUUGUGAAUUCUUUGUAUCGUUGUAAACCGGUUAAUACUUUUGGAGCUGAACAGCUUUUGCUGGAUACACAGUCAUUGAAAGCUUCUCUUCUUCAAGUACCUCUGUUUGGUGCCAAGUUCACUCAAGCACCUCCACGAAGUUUUACAAAUCUAGUUCAUGAAGGAAUGGGAAAGGCUGAGCGUAUUAUCAAGGCAGUUAUGCUACCAGUUGGUGUUGCCACAUCAGGAAAGCAGGAAUCAGUCAAUCCUCCAAGUGGUUUUGUUAUGGGUCCGAUAGACACGAAUGCAGCCAACGUAUUUCUAGCUAGUUAUGAACAACUGUUGCCUGAUUCAACUCAAACUGAUUUGCAAAAUGUUCUAGACAUGAAAGGUGUUAAAUCAAGUGAUCAGCAAUUAAUUUUGGACAUUUUUCGUAGUCGAAAUGAACUAAAAUCGACUAUGAAAGAAACCAGUGAAAUUGUGAUAUCCUCAUCUUCUGUUGAAAAUAAUACUGUCACUGCUGCUACUACUACUACUUCACUUGCUACUAACACGACUACUUCAACAUCAACCUAUAGCAGUAAUACUAUAGUAAAUCCCUCCGACUCUCCACACAAAAAGUCGGAGAUAGUUUCAUCGAGUCCGUUUGAAUCCUCCUUGUCAGCAGAGGAAAAACAAUUAACAACAGAUAAAAAAAGGAGACUAUUAAAUAAAAAGAAAUGA